GGGGGUUACCCGGGCGCUUUAAGAGCAGGGACCGCCCCGCGCGGCGGUGGCCGCGAGGGGCGGGGCGAAGGCGACGUCACCGCAUGACUGUGUUUUUAUGAAUGAAAAGAAUCCGCGGGUGAGUAAUCGUGAGGAGCGGGACUGGAGGCGCCGCCCGACGGCCCGACCCGGCAGCGGCCCCGCGGGUCCAGCGCAGCCUCCGGGCCAGCGUGAGGAGGCAAGGAUGGCUGCGGACGGGCUCUCCAGCAAGGCCCUGAAGGUGAAGCGGGAGCUGGGGGAGAACACACCGCUGCUAUCGGAUGAGGAGUUGAUGGGGUUGUCGGUGCGAGAGCUCAACCACCACCUGCGGGGCCUUUCCAAGGAGGAGGUGGCGAGGCUGAAGCAGCGCCGGCGGACACUGAAGAACCGGGGUUACGCUGCCAGCUGCCGGGUGAAGCGCGUCUGCCAGAAGGAAGAGCUGCAGAAGCAGAAGAUGGAGCUGGAGUGGGAGGUGGACAAGCUGGCCCGGGAGAAUGCAGCCAUGCGCCUAGAGCUCGACACCCUCCGUGGCAAGUACGAGGCCCUGCAGGGCUUCGCCCGCACUGUGGCUGCCCAUGGGCCCUCUGCCAAGGUGGCCACCGCCAGCGUCAUCACCAUCGUCAAGUCCGGCACCAACCAGGCCGCCUACUCCUAGUGCUGGCCUCCAUCCCCCGGAUGGGCACAGUCCUUCCCGGGGUGCCUUCCCCUGCCAAUUGCCUCCCAUCCCCUCCCUGACCUCCUCCCUCCUGGGACCUGUACCCAAAAUCCCCCUUCUCCUAUCCCUUGACCUCCAGCUCCCCUGUGUCAGGAGCUGCUGCAGCGUGGGUGCUGAGGCAGAGGACAGGACCCCAUUGGUAGCUCCUGAAGUCCCCCAGCACCAUCCCCUGCUGCAGCCCCCCUGGCCAGGCACCCCUCACCCUGGGGGUGCAGGCAGGAGAGGGCAAGCCUGCACAGGCAGCACUGGGGAAGCGUCCCAUGGCUCCAAGCUGGCAAGAAAACACCAGACGCCUCUGGUUUUGGGGAGGGCACAGGAGAGCUGAGCGCAGGCCAGGCACUCCCAGGAGCGUGUGCCAGGAAGGGAAAGGAGGGGAGAGAGUUUUCAAAGUGAGCGGCAGAAGGGAUAUGAUGGAGAGGAAUUUCAGCAUUGGCCCCACAACUUGGGCCACGGCUGGAGGAGGGGAGGAGAUGGCAGCAUGGCAGGAGUCUCCAAGGAUGGAGACGGCGAGGGCAGGUGGCAGGUCAGAGAGGGAGAGAAAGUCGCUGCAGGUUGGUAGCUGGUAAAGGUGAGCGGGAUGGGGAAGUGCCAUGACAGCCUGGGGUGCUGGGGGAGCCCAGGGGUGACGGUGGUGGAGGAAGGUUCCUUGGGCAGGGGAGAGCUGGGGGACGUGGGCUGGUCAGCCCAGGCUGCUGCACUCAAAGGGGAGAAGCAUUGAUGCUGGUUUAUCUCCAUCACGCACAUCCUUCACGCUUCUUCCUGCCCAUGGAACACUCAGCCCGCCCGGGUGUCUCCAAAAUGCAGCAGCACCGGCAGGAAGGAAGCGGAGGCAGCUGGAGCAGAGAUAAACACUGUUUUGCUCAGCGCAGGCCAGCUUGUACAGCCCCACCAAGCACUCCCCAGCGUCCCACCGCCUACAGAACCCAUGAAAAUGUGCUCCUGGCCCCCAAGAGCCAGAGCUGCAGAGGCAGAGAGAGAGGUGGAGCUGCAGGAGGUAGGAAGUGAGGGCGGAGAGCAUCCCUGCUCCUGGGAGCCGCCUGGCAGGCAGGUAGGCACCUCCCUUUGGUUUUCUUCCAGCUUGGACACCCGUGUGGGACAACCGGCUCUUCGGCAGGCUGAAAUGCUGGAGAAGAGCUGUGUUUGCUACAUACAGGCAGAACGGGGGAGGUAACAGGAGGCAGAACCUUCUUGGCUUCUGCUGCCGUAGAUGAUCCCCCUCUUCCUGCCCCACGCCAGCCGCCCUCGGCUGCAGCCUCCAUCCCUCUCUGAAGAGAGGUGCCCACCACUCGUGGAAGGGGCACUGUGGUUAGCAUCCCCCCACCCCAACUCCUCUUGGGUUUAUUUAUUGCACGAACAUAAGUUAUUUUCACGUCCUCUUUGCCAUUCCGCCUCUCGGCACAGCCAGGAUGUUGGUACAGAGCCGUACUUUAUAUUUUAUAUAUGCAAAUCACAUUUUAUCUUAUACUUAUAUAGAGCAAAAAAAAAAACUUAUUUAUUUUCUGAUUUACAGUAUGUGUCCUACCUGACUCCUCUGUAUUUUGUAGACUUUACAAAUAAAGGAAGUUCUCUUUUUUUCCACA